AUUCACAACGGACCAGGACCAGAAAGAACAGCCAGAAUAUUUUCCAAAAUAAUAUGUUUUCAAUCAAAGCACAAAGCUGUGGAUGGAGAACUAAAAAGGUCCUGGAGGACCACUGUCUGAACAUGAAGAAUACGAGUAGGGACUUUUUUGGCAAGAAGAUAAAGGACGGAUCAAGUUGGAGAAAGUAAAAAGAGAAAUGAAAGGGAGGAAGGUGAAAUAGAAAGAGAAGUGGGAGAAAGACGAGCCCAAAAGGAGGAAGACGUGUGAUGACGAAAGCAGGGACAGAAGAAGCGUCCCUUUAGCUGCCUGCGCUGCUUUCAUUCAUUGCUAAAGAAAAUUCAUCCAGCUUGAGGCGAAAUGCAGCAGCCCGAAACGCAGCGGACAAUUCAGCAAACAGCGACAGAAGUACUGGAUCCAUCAGUUCGGUACCUGCGGCGGAGGAAGGCGGCCCUGUGGGUGACGGUGUCCCUGCUGGCCCUGGCCCUGGUGGUGCUCGCCGUGGGUCUGAUCUCCGCCACUCGCACGGACAACGUGCCCGUGGCUGGCUACUACGCCGGCAUCACCCUGAGCUUUGGAGCUUUCCUGGGGAUUGUCGGCAUCCACCUGGUGGAAAACCGCAGGCCCAUGCUGGUGGCAGCGAUCAUAUUCAUCAGCAUGGGAGUGAUUGCGUCUUUCUUCUGUGCCAUUGUGGACGGGAUCAUUGCUUCAGAGUUCAUCGACAUAAGGCCCCUGCAGGAGGACAUGUGUGACUAUUACACCAGUGGAGCGGGCUACGCCUACGACAACUACUAUGCUGAGGUGCCGUGCCGUUCGUUUGACAAAACCUGCAAGCUGAAGCUGAGGAGCAACACCUGCUACUGCUGCUACCUGUACAACUGUGCGAGCACGGAGUUCCACACGCAGUACUACGCCUUCACCGGGGUCAGCAGCUGCUGGGAUGUGAUCCACCUGCACCGUCUGCUGUGGGCUUCGGUGGUGCUCAACGUGCUGGGCUUGUUCCUGGGCAUCAUCACCGCCGCCAUCCUCGGAGCGUACAAGGACAUGCAGAAGCCGACUCCGCAGGUGGCCGCCAGCCCGACUCCGGCCCCCCACAUCCUGUACAACCCGACGCAGCACAUGGUCAGCUACGCCGGCUUCUGCCCAUCAGGACAAAGUCUGCCCUCGUACCCCAACUAUCCAACCAACAUGCAGCACAACAGCAACUACCAGCCACCUGCCGCUCCACAGGUGAUCCCCGAGGGAGGAUCUGCCUCCAACUGCUGCCUUUCUGAGGAGAACCAGAGCCAGCAGCCGUCUCAGACGCAGCCGCAGCCUCAGGGGGCCACUCAGGAGCCGGGCGGCUACAUGCUGACACCCAACGCCCCCGUCCUCUACGGAGCCGCCUACAGCCCCUUUGAGAAGCCGCCUCCGUACGCCUGCUGAGCCACGAGACCUACGUCUGGGGGAGUGGUGGAGAAAUUCCAUCUCAAUCUGGUCGGACUGAAUGUAGCACGAUACAUUGCAUAGGUGACCUUGUAGAUGGAAAACAAACAGUGAGCUUCUCAACUACACGGUGGUGAUGCAUAUAUAUAUAUAUAUGUAUGAUUGUGUGAUUAUAUAGACACUAGUAAGGUAUUUUAUGUGAAUUCCUUUAAACGAAACGGUUUGGGAAAUAUUUUUUUUUGCCUUUUGGGGUUUCUUGCGUCUCUUGACUUAAAUGAGGAGACUGAUUCUCUCAUCAGCCACAGCCAGCAGCCUGCUAACGUAGCUUAGCAAUAAGACUGAAAACGGAGGGAAGAAUAAAACAUGGCCGUAAACUCACUAACUAGCACAAUAUAUUUCAAUUUUUAAAUAUAUUACUUUUUAAUAGUUUAAUUUGCACAGAAAAUGAAGUUUAAUUCUGUGUUCUGAGUACUUUUGGGUAAUGUAUACCAUCGCAUUCUCACCAAGAAAGCAAAUAGGUUUAUUUCCAAAAAAGCUAACCGGUGAAUACGUGUAUAGUAUUAUACUUGACGGUGACUCGAUAGUUGUUUCUAUUCUAAUUCGUCUUGACUGGAAUUAAGGUUCUCAUUGUCUGUUUAUAUAUUAACUAAUGUGUAGUACUAAAAAGGGCUUUCUAGAAAUGUGAAUGGAGAGUAAACAACGAUUGUAUUGCUGUUAUUUCAUUCUGUAAGUGUGGAUCAUCUAAUGUGAACUUUAAAGUCAAUACACUGUAUGUACUAUUGAUAAUGCAUGUUAACUGCUGUGGGACUAGAUGCUGUAGCGGUUUUAAAAAAACAAAUGUAUUAGUCAUAUUUAAGAAAUACAUACUGGUACCGAUGCACACAAAGUAAAUGUUCAUCAAAGUCUCACAUAUAAAUUGAGAGUUUGAUUUGAAGGAGACUUGAAGGAGAAGGUUGACACCACUCUCAAUGCGGGGAGUGGUUUCAUCCUUCUUACGUAGCAGUACUUUUAUUUCCUAAAAAGGUUUUUUCUUUCCACAUUAAAGUUUCAGCAAAGCUUAUUCCCGAGCCAGUUUUCAGUGUUUCGCCUAAAAAAAACUAUACAUGUAAAUCACACACACAUGUAUUCCUGUUCAAUAAAAAUGUAAAUCAAUGAAA